AUGGGUGAAAUAAAUAAGGAAACACAUAUUUCUGAUACACAAGAUAAAGGCAAAAAAGCUGGACUAGCCAAUAGGAGCAAAAUCCAGAAAAGUGCUUCGUUUGAAGAAAUUCAAGAACGAUUAUCUACACUAAUAUUCAUUAAAUACUCUAAAUUAUUCUAUUGGGCUGCUAGAAAGUACAAAUCAUUAGCAGAUUCUCUCUCAAAAGCUUCCAAUUGCUAUGAUAUGAAUACUAAAAUUAUGAUCAUAGCCAAGUUCCUAAUUGGCAUUAUAGCAUCUUUCAUUUAUUCUAAUUUUAUACUAACACACGACGAUGAAUUUCCCACACACCAAAUUUAUUUCUUUUUCAUCUUUGUUUUCCUUUUAUAUAUCUCAUUCUUCUGGAUUAGUAAUGAAAUGAUACUUUCUAGUAUUUUUGCUUCCAUUCUUGGUUCUCAAAUUAUUCUUACGAGACUUAAAAACCUCAGUAUAGAUGUCAAAGCAUGGGUAUGCAUUUUAAUGUAUCCUAUUCAAUAUGCUUUGAUACGUAAACCAAUAAGUUGCAGAUUUAGUCAAUAUUUUCCACUCAUUGUUUUCAUUAAUCCGGUUUACUUUUUCGCACUCCAUUUACCUGGAUAUUCUUAUCUGGCAAUGAUUCCUUUUGCUAUAUAUCCAGUUAUCCAACCAAUUAUUGAUUAUUAUUUAUUUGGCCUCAGAUAUUACGACGUUCAAGCUUAUCGUUUCAUCAAGCAGCUCUCAACUGCAAUAGAAGUUGCUGUAGCUUUUAUUGCUACGUGCGCAUUUUCUUUACUUUUAGGCUACAAAUUUAGCCAAAAAUUAAGCCUUGAGAAACUUUUUAAGGCUUUCCAUCCAAUACCUUUCAUUGUAUACUUGUUCCCUAUGCUCAUUUGUGGAACACCACAGAGCAAAUAUUAUCUGUUUUCGGCGAUAAUUUUGAUUAUUGUUCCAAGAGAUGCAGAAAAUGGUAACCAAAGUAAUCACGCUAUAAUAGAUGCAUUACUAUGCAUUGCAUUUGAAGCAUUUGAAUCAAUUCUUAAUCAAAACAAUUUUUAUUUCAGAUAUUUUGCUUUAUUUGUUUUACUUUCACUGUCCUUUGUUAAGUUAACUGAUAUAUAA